AUUUGGAAAAGUUAUGUAAUGUUGGGGGGGCUUGCUACACAUGUGCAUGUGCAUUGCUAAAAAUAUGAAGCAGUCUUCUUGCUAUGCUUUGAACGGUUGACCCACCCACAGGCGAAGAGAAUUUGAGGAAAUAGAAGUCCUUGGUCUUUCAUUGGCUAGAGUUUGGAAGUGUAUUCUCGACGGCGGAUUUGCAGAAGGCCAACUAGCUAGUUAGCUUACUAGCUUCUAAAGGGAAGCUCCAAAACCGUUAUCUGGCAACAACCUUGAGGAAAACCCGGUUUCACCUGUACUAUUUCGUGAACAAUGUUGUUUGCUCCGGGUAGUUUCAUGGAAUGCCUUCAGGAGUGGGAGGAUUUAGAAAAAGACUAUCAACAAAUCCAGGAGACGCAUCGGCUGUAUAAACAGAAGCUGGAAGAAGUGUCAAAACUCCAAAACUCAUGUUCAACGUCAAUCUCACGGCAAAGGAAAAAGCUGAAAGAGCUCUCCCAGUCACUGCAAGAAUGCAGGCAGCAGGGCGAGUCAGAGACCUUGGCCGCCAUCGAGGGGAUCCAGGAGAGCAUGAAGGAAAGGCCGGAAGUCUUCUUCGAGAUGGAGGCCUUCUUGCCGAAGAAGAACGGGUUAUACCUCAACCUGGUUCUCGGUAAUGUGAACGUCACACUGCUUAAUAAGCAGGCCAAAUUUGCCUACAAGGAUGAAUAUGAAAAGUUCAAACUGUGCCUGACGGUGCUGCUGCUAAUCUUCUCCUUCACCUGUCGUUUCGUGCUCAGCUACAGGGCGGUGGAUGCAUUGUUUAACUUCCUGUUGGUGUGGUAUUACUGCACACUCACCAUCCGUGAGAGUAUCCUUAUCAGCAACGGCUCCAAAAUCAAAGGCUGGUGGGUGUUCCAGCACUACGUCUCAACCUUUCUCUCCGGAGUGAUGCUUACAUGGCCAGAGGGAGAGCUGUACCAGAUGUUCAGAAGCCAGUUCCUCUCCUAUUCCUUAUACAUUAACUUUGUGCAGUUCCUGCAGUAUUACUAUCAGAGUGGCUGUCUAUACAGACUCCGAGCGCUUGGCGAGAGACAUACAAUGGACCUGACAGUAGAGGGCUUCCAGUCCUGGAUGUGGAGAGGUCUGGGAUUCCUGCUGCCCUUCCUGUUCCUCGGCCAUUUCUUCCAGCUCUACAACGCAGUCACUCUCUUCAAUAUGAUGCAGCUUCCAGAGUGGAAGGAGUGGCAGGUGCUGAUGUGCAGUGCCACCUUCCUGGUGCUCUUCAUGGGCAACUUCUUCACCACCCUGGGGGUGGUUUACCAGAAGUACAUGCACCAGGACAAGGCCAAAGACGUCUAACCAACCAGAAGCCAACCAGAGGACCCGCAUCCACCGCCUGUGACCCGCACUGUGACUCCUAUAGCGCAUUCAGGCCGACUGAGAACCGUGCCGGUGGCUGUUCCCGCACCUAAUCGCGAACCGGCCAUCGUGUUCACGCCACAGAUUUUAGCGUUGGCGAACCGAAAAGUUGGUUCGCAAUGUGAACCGCAAAAUACUAGGUUUUUUUCCGCGAACCGUGACGACAGCGUGCCCGUCAGCAGGUUCAUCCAGGUAACGCAGUCACGUGCGGGAAAAGUUCAGAGCCCGGUAUGAACACGGACGGUUCGCAGGUAAGCACUUUAGUGCUGAACGUAAUUGGAGCGGGCACCGGCUCCAGCUCCGUUCUGGUCGGCCUGAAAGCCCUACUAGUGCAUCCUAGUGUGCACAGGCAUUUCUCCAAACUUGCGUCCUUCCUUCCUCGUCUUCGUUGGCAACGGUUAAAAUCAGUUUAAUCAUCAUGGACAAACAGCGCGUGAUAUACAUACUGUACCUGGAAAAGGAAUUGAGCCUUGCGCCGCAGUAGGAGACUUGUCUACGUUUCAAAUUGGUUUGACAAGUGUUAUUUUUCAACUAGAUCACAUUUUUAUAUUAUAUGUUAGAUGAAUUUCCGGUAUAAAACUUACUUAACCAAAGCGACGUUUAGGACAGAGGAAAGGACACACAUUUGGAGAGAUGACUUGCGCCCCCUAGUGUUGUCACAUGACAGGGAACAAUUUUACAUGUAGACCCACUCUGGUCCUGGACCCCUGCUUCUCCACAGCGCUGUUGCUAACCACUUGGCAACUUGUGUUGGCAAUGGGAAAUUGCAUUGCAACCAGCCGUGUUGCUAAAUACAGUAGUUAGCAAUGACGUUGUGGAGAAACGACAUGACUUGCUGCUGAUCUUUGCCUGAACUGGAUCACAGCUAGUGUACUGUAUAGAACCUGGUUUGCUUUCAGAGUUCUUAUAGUUAUUUGGACAUCUGCGAUUAAGCUUAGCGUUUCAGAAAUGGGAGCUCUCCAAACAUUUUUUUUUUACUUUCAUAUGUUUUGUUUGUAUUUUUGGACAUUUUUUCUUUGUCUUAUGCAAACAGUUUACAUAUAUGUCCUGCACUAAUGUAUUUAAAAAUAAUUGUAAUGGCUUUGUGUGUGUGUGUGUGUGUGUGUGUGUGUGUGUGUGUGUGUGUGUGUGUGUGUGUGUGUAUACUGUACGUAUGUGUGUGUGUACCUGUUUGUUGGAUGGACAGAUGUAGCUCAGUGGCUCUAUGGUUGUAGACACUGUGAAUGUGUUUGUAGUGAACAACAGCUUAGAUUGUGCCACAGAAACACUUGUAAAUUGUGUACAAUUUCCAUCUGACAUCCAAAGGGAUCCAACCGUUUUGCUGUGCUCUCAGAAACGUAACAAUGUUGUCUGGACAAGUGCGAUUAUAGGACAUCAUGUGUUUUUUGCACUCCCAUGUGUGGAAAAGUAAUAAAGCCAUCAUGACCUCU